UUAUUUCAGUUGUUAAAUUAUUUGUUAAUGAAUAUUAUCAAUGAAACGACGAUACCUGAUCCGUGCAAUAAGGUUUGCAUUCCAGGCGAUAAAUUGUUUUCUGUUUCUGAUGGUUACCGUGGAGGUAAUGGAUGCUUUGAAUUUUAUGGAAUUUUAGUGGCUUCCUUAACUGGUUAUGUUAAUGUUUCUAUUGUGAAGGAUCAGCAUUCGAAUGAAACCAAACUUGUAGAAAUUAGAAGGAAGAUGGAUGAGAAAAGUCACGUUAUUCCUUCACAAGGAAAGAUUGUUACUGCUAAGGUCGAGCUGCUCACUCAAAAAUUUGCAAAGUGCACAAUUAUAAGUGUUGAAAAUACAAUGUUGUUAAGUGAAUUCAAUUCUACUUUGCGAAAAGAAGAUGUGAGGGAAAAAGAACGUGAUAAAGUUGAACUCUACAAAUUUGUGCAGCCUGGCGAUAUAAUCCUUGCAAGGGUUCUGGGUUAUGGGGAAGCCCAAACAUCGUAUUUAUUGAGCAUUGCAGAGGAUCAACUUGGAGUUAUUAUUGGGAAAGGACAAAAUGGACAGAGGCUCUCCCCUGAUUCGAAUGAUCCUUUAAUGAUGAAGGCAUUGAAUUCUGAAUAUCGUGAAAUGAGAAAAGUGAACUCAAUUUUCUUACAAUCAGGAAGUUCUUUGACAAACAAAUUCAGCUCAUCACAACCCCUUUUUAAUCCAGCAUUACGUACAAAUAAUAUUCCUAUUAUUCCACGUCAACCUAACUUUGCAACAACUGGUUUCCUCAAUUCGGUCAAAAAUAACGUGACAAAACUUGUUAACAAAAACCUUGGAUUUUUACCUUUUUCACCUCCACAAGUAACUAAAACACCUCCAACAUUUUCGUCGAGCGCGCCUUCAACAGUCAAAAUUUCUUCAGAAAAUUCUAAACAGAAUCAACCUAAUGGUGGCUCCGAACCCGAAGGAAGAAAUUGGCGAAUGUUAAAACUAUUUAGUGGACUUUUAAAAGACGAAGAUUUACCUAAAGAUUGUGAAUGUCCACAGAACAAUGAAGACAAACUUUUUCCUUUUCCUGAGUGCCAUACAGAAGAUUUAUUUCUUCGUACUUCUCCUUUAAGUCCUUCUGAUGAUGAAGUUGAAGAACAACCUGCGGUGAAAAGAGUGAAGUCGACUAUUGCUUUGAAUUCGAAAAAUCACCCGUCGACCGACCCUUGUUCCUCUACAAAUUUAAACAAAUUUUUGAAGCCUUCAACAGUAGCAACAUUAUCUUCAUUAAAUAUACCUGUGACUUCGAAUAAUUCAAUUCCUGGCACCUCAAAAAUGUCAACUAGUACUGCUAUACAUCCUCUUGAACUCAACACAAAUUUAAUCAAUUCAAAAACUAUUACAGAGACAACUUCAAAAACUACAAGUCCAAAUCAACAACGCGGACAUCUUCAACAACAACGGCCAGUAUGGAAACAACAGCAGCAACAAACAAUUAAUGGCAAAAAACGUUUUACAAACAAAAGUCUUUUGAUCUUAAAAAGCGGAAAACGUGUAUAUGCUGGAAGCAAAGAAUGUUACCAAUUCGCGGAUACAGGUGCCUGUCAAGCUGGAAUAUUUUGUGUGUUUGAACAUGGCAAAAGUUUGAAACAUAUGCAGCAGAAAGUCUGCCAAAGAUUAAUGCGAGGAGUUUGCCGAGGUGGAACAGGUGAUGAUGAUUGCCCAGGUGGGCUUCAUUCCCCACUUCUACCACACCAAAUGCCAGUCUGUGAUUUUUAUUUACGUCUUGUUUGCAGUAAAGGUAAGGAUGAAUGUAAUUAUCUUCAUGUUCGACAUACGCCUGGUACUGAACCUUGUGCAGAAUUCAAUCGGGGAUGUUGUCAUCGUGGAAUUUUGGUUUGUUUCUCUCUCUCGUGUUUCUUCGUUUGUUUCUCUCUUUUUUCUUGAAUCGACGCAAAGUUUUUUUAAAUUUUUCUAUAAUUGUAAU